UUGACACAUAAUGUCAUAACAAACCGGCAUAUUAAAAGAAAUUUAAAAAUAUUUUAAGUUUUCAUAAAUUUUCUUUUAUUUACCUUGAAUCCCACCUUUUGUGGCACUAAAACCAUGACAGACGAUUCACAAUUUCUUGUAAGCGGCUGGGAAGAUGAUGCAAAUGAUGUUGACGAUAGCAGAAACCCAUCAGCCAUUGUCGAAUACAAAAUCCUAGAGGCAUCUGAAAAUGGUGACUUAGAAACCAUCAAAGAACUUCUCCGGCAGGACCCUAAUUUGGUCCACACUACAGACAAAGACAACUACACUCCCUUACAUCGUGCCUGUUACGCCAACAACUUGGAAGUUGUAAAAUAUCUUGUAAGCAAUGGGGCCAACUUGUCUGCUAAAACAGAAAUGCAAUGGGAACCUUUACACUCUUGUUGCCAGUGGGGUAACUUUAAAUGUGCCGCUGUGUUAAUACAGCAUGGGGCGAACGUUAAUGCGGUGUCUGAAGGAGGUCAAACUCCAUUGCAUAUUGCAGCUACUCACGGGAAGAAUUAUGAUGUGAUUCAAAUGUUACUGUUGCACCCUUAUAUUAAUCCUUUUAUAAAGAAUAACAGUGGGGAGACUGCGGCAGAUAUAGCCAGAAGGAGUUCUAAGUAUUAUAAUGUGUUCGAUAUGGCCGAUCCACUUUUGAGUGUUAAUAACAUUGAGUUGCUUGAAUGUAAGAAGUAAUUAGUAAGUUUAGGUUUAUAAAACAAGUAUUUUAUUUGUUAUAGUGUAUGAAAUGUGAUGGAAAUGGUAGGUAUUUUAUUUAUUUUUUUUUAUAAUAUUUGAUACCAAUUGUUGAGUAAUAAAAAGGUUUGUAAAUAAUUAUUUCAAUUUUA